AUGGAUUAUGAGGCGCUGGAUGGCGCAAUCCUUGCAGUGUUACCCGAGAAUUCGGAAGUCUUGUCUGUCGCUCAACAUGGUAGCACAAAUUGGUCUACCGGUCUCAGGGUCGACGUUCAGGAUGGCGACGACGAAAGGAGCUACUUCGUGAAGAUUAUCGAACGCGAGGAGCUCGUUGGUAUGGCCGAAGCAGAGUAUGAAGGACAGAAAGCCAUCGCUUCUGUCAUUCCCGACAACGCAGUGGUACCGGUCGCAUGGGGUUAUUUCUCUGACACCAAAGCCAAAGCCUGGUUCAUGGCAGAAUUCUCCAAUCUCCGGGCUAGAGCUCCUCCCCUCGAACAAUUCUUGCCCAUAGUUAAGCAAAUGCAUCAAAAAUCAGUUUCACCAACCGGCAAGUUCGGCUUUCAUGUUACGCCGUUCUACGGUCCGCCGCCGAUGGUUGUCGACUGGACUGAUAACUGGGAGAAGUUUUGGGUUCGAGAAUUUCGAUCCGGAUUGAAAUAUGUUGAAUCGAUGCGGGGUCAUGAUGCCGAGCUUCUCGAAAUUGCUGAUCAAUUUAUUGAAAAGGUUGCGGCCCGCUUGCUACGACCACUCCAAACUGGUGGCCGAAAUAUCAAGCCGAGUCUCUGCCACGGCGAUCUUUGGGAUGGCAAUAUCCAGUUCAAUGUUGACACACAACAACCAGUCAUCUUCGAUCCGUGUUCGUUUUAUGGGCACCACGAGAUGGACUUUCAAUGCAUGAAGAGCCCUCGGUACAUCAUUGGCCAGAACUUCAUCGACUUGUACAAAGUGAAGGUCGGCGCUUCUGAGCCGAGCGAGGAUUUUGAAGACAGAGUCGCACUUUACGCCAUACGCAACGACUUGAUGACUGCCGGCAUGUGGCCGCAGUGGGCGUCACUCAUUGACAAGGCAAAAGACGCAAUGAAACUCUUGCUUGAGAAGUACCCGGACGGCCUUGCUAGCUUCAAAGGUUCCCUUGAGCCUACCAUUGCCAAGGUGGACAAAGACAGCACAUACGAUAGUGCUUCUGAUGAUUCUGGAAUUGAUAUUUCUGCUUUGGCACAACAAAGAGUGUCAAGAUACAAUGGAGCUCACAGAACUGUCGCUAAGCCCGAGCCGAAACCUGCCGAUAGCGCCGCAAGCAAUAUUUCUGACGCGCCUCCCGAAAGAGCUUCGAGCGAGAAGUAUUCAUCAACGGACCUACCCGAGCACGAGCUGUCGAAUUCGCCCGUCAUUCAAGAUUUGGGUCUGGAAGCGACCCCUGCCGUCGAUCUGGAGCCUCCAAGGCCGGAUGAAGACAUUACAGGCCCAAGCUCGGGGCGCCUCGCUUCAGCGCCUGCGAGUCCAGCGCGGGGGUCUGAGGCACCCUUGGCUGCCUCCACAAACGGCUCGGUACUUAACAACGCAUUUUGGUAUCUGGUCGGUAGGCUCAAUAUCUGGGCAUGA